UUGAUUUCGGAAACUAAUGUUUUUUUUUUAUAUUUCCUCAUUUCUUAUUAUACUCAAGAUUUGACAGUAUGCCUAAAUUCCGUCGCCUGUCCCAUAGACGAAACUACUACUACUACUACUACUACUACCAAAAAGUACAGUAAUAAUAACUACUACUAAAUAAAUGUCAUGGCUGUAUGGCUUAGUUCCUUCGCCUGUCCCAUGGACGAAUUAUAAUACUAUAUUAAUAAAUAAAUGUCAGCGGCUCGUGGCGAGUUUGUAGUUAUCAUAACCUUUAGAAAAAAUUGUACUACAACCAAUAAUAUACAUCUCGUAUGUAUUUUAUUCCAAUUAUUAUAGGUAUAUCACUUUAUUUAGUGCACAUUAAUAUAAGCUUAGAAAAAUGACCGCUGCAGGAAUUUGUGUUAUCAAAGACGCAUACGUGUUAAAGAGAUCUGUUGUUAUCAAUGAAAAUUCGUGUAAUAAGAGGAAACUGGAAUCCGGAGACGAAGAUAAUGAAAACAUUGACCAUGACAGCAAAAAAUCUAAGGACAAUGAAGAACAAACGUUCUCAAACAAGAGCAGAAUGAGGGGACAAAAUAAAGCUAGACCUAAAACUUUUAAAGAAGAUAAAGAAAGCAAACCUUGCCCUUCAAUCGUUAAUAUCAAAUCGUCUGAUGAGUUACGCCAAUGUCAAUUUAAUAAUUGUAAAUUCAUACAUAAUCCAUUAGAUUACAUAAAAAUAAAACCCAAAGAUAUUGGAGAACAGUGCCAUGUUUUUAACACUAGGGGAAGGUGCCCAAGAGGCAUUUCAUGCCGCUUUGGUACUUGUCAUAUUUCACCUGAUGGUUAUAAUAUAACUGAUGAAGAAAAAUGUAAAAUUUGGAAAGAUGAUACUAAAAAUACACUACAACAGUCCCUACAAAUUCAACUCCAAAAGAGAAAGUAUGAUAUGAGUCUUGCUGAAAACUUAGUUAAGGCAUUAAACCCUAAAAAGACUAACAGUGACAAAGAUGUUGAUGAUACUGAAUAUAAUAACAAAAAACAUUCAAGUAGUGGUACAAUCACUGAUGAAGACAUUAUCAAACUCCUUCCAAAAGAAAAAAAGUCUAUAGACUGGUGUGACAAGUUAUAUCUUAGUCCUUUGACAACUGUUGGAAAUUUGCCAUUCAGGAGGAUUUGUAAACAAUAUGGAGCAGACAUAACUUGUGGUGAAAUGGCACUAUGUGAGUCACUACUAAAAGGUACUAAACAAGAAUGGGCCUUAGUCAAAAGACAUGAAUCAGAAAAUAUAUUUGGUGCACAGAUAUGCGGUAAUAAUGUCUUUCUAAUAACAAAGGUAGCACAAUUAUUACAAGAAAAUACAGAACUGGACUUCAUAGACUUGAAUGUAGGAUGUCCCAUAGAUUUAAUUUAUAAAAAAGGUGGUGGUAGUGGAUUGAUGCAUAGAUUACCUACAUUAGAAGGUUCAAUUAGAUGUGCUUCUAAAAUUCUCCACAUACCUUUCACAGUUAAAAUGAGAACUGGUGUAUACCAAAAUAAAAAAAUUGCUCAUACAAUUGUUCCAAGAAUCGCUGAAGCUGGAGCUUCUCUUAUAACAUUACAUGGACGAUCUCGAGAAGCUAGGUAUACUAAAUCUGCAGAUUGGGAAUACAUAGAAACUUGUGCACAAGCUGCUAAACCAUGUGCAGUCUUCGGAAAUGGAGAUGUAUUUAGCUAUGAAGAUUAUGUAGAAAGGAAAAAUUUAGCUCCUACAAUCCAAGGAGUUAUGAUUGGUCGAGGGGCCCUUAUAAAACCAUGGAUAUUUACAGAAAUUAAAGAGCAAAAGAUUUGGGAUAUUAGCAGUAAAGAGAGAUUUGAAAUAUUGAGAACAUACACAAAUUAUGGCUUAGAGCACUGGGGAUCUGAUACACAAGGUGUUGAAAACACAAGGAGGUUCUUGCUUGAAUGGUUAUCUUUCUUAUACCGCUAUGUUCCAGUAGGUUUACUAGAGAGGCCUCCACAAAAGAUAAAUGAAAGGCCACCAUCUUUUUUUGGUAGAGACGACUUGGAAACUUUAAUGGCCUCUGGAAAUUGUGCUGACUGGAUUAAAAUUAGCGAAAUGCUCUUAGGACCAACCCCAGAAGGAUUUGUGUUUCUGCCCAAGCAUAAAGCAAAUUCUUAUCAAUGAGACAGCUGAUAAUUUUGUAUGCAUAUAGAUAAAUGAUAUUAACCUAUCAAAUAAAGGUAGGUUAUUUCAAAUAUAAAUUUUUAGUUUAAAAUGGGAAUUUUCUAAUUAAUUCUACAUAAUGAAAAAUGCUUAAAAAAUCCACCAGCUCCAGGUACUCUGAGAUGGACUUUUUGUCCAUACUAUUUGACCAAAUAUUUUAGUAUCUAAUAUAUUUUGUUGUAAUUAGAUAAUUAUUGUUAUUUAAUUGUUUGUUGUAAUUAGUAAAAUAAAUUGAUUUAUUAAUUAAAUUUAUAAUUAAAUAAUUUUCUUAUAAUCAUGAAAGUUGUUAGAACAGAUAGUACACAAUCUUCUGUAUUACACUAUUUAACAAUUUUUUAUACAUACGAAUUGUCGUUAUCAAAGAUUAGGAGCUAUGGUUAUAGUGUCAAAAGAUUUUAUUAUUUUUUAUUUUUAGGGCCGGUUUCACCGGUUGCUGAUAAAGUCCCUGAUAGUCUAUCAGGAACUUAUCUGCCAGAUAAACUAUAACUUUUGGUUUCACAGGUCUCGGAUAAAAAUAUCUGGCAGAUAAAGUGUUAGAUAUGUUAUCAGCCGAUUCAAGUGGCUCAUAUAGACGUUAUCUGAUAGAUAAAAAAAAGUUUCAAGUAGCGGGAACGAAAAUAGUUUUAGUUUUAGACCAUUAUUGUGUGCUUUGCGUCGAUUGCAGUCACGAGUGUCACAAAUAUUCUAAAAUGGAUUUAUUUGAGUUUUUAGAAGACGAAUUAGAUGAAUAUUUCGAACAUAUUACGCAACCCCGUAGAAAUCGAGUAAUUAACCCUAGACCUAAUUAUUUAGAAUCACUUCACGAUCAAGAUUUUUAGGAAUCGAUUUCGGCUUACCAAACGGGCUGUUGUUUAUAUUUUAUCGUUAAUAGAAAGUGAUAUAAAAACUACAACGGGCUACUAAGUAAAAAAUAAAGAAGCUCCGUUUCUUCUUGAUUAAAAUUCACACUUCUUUCACGUUUUUGUUUUUCCAUUAUUAAUUAACAAAUACGCAAAGAAUACACAAAGAAAAGUUCUUUUUUUUUAAUUAAUGGCUUAUCUGCGCAUUUCGCACAAUUCUGCCAAUGUCAAGUAAAUAAAUUAAUUUUACAUGAAAUAUGAAAUGAAUGAAAGAUUUUAAGCACAAAAUAUCAAUUUUUUUUUUUUUUUAUUAUUAAGAGCAUUGGCUACCAAGGCCAUCAGCUUAAUCCUUUAGUACAUACAUAUAAUUGGAACUAAACACUACUACAAAAUCCUUAAACUAAAAAACCUUAAGAUUAUGUUAUACAAAUAUUAAAUAUAAUAAUGUAAAUAUUAAAUGUAAGAAAGAAGAAUCAAAUUUGGUAUAAUCAUUUACAGAGGACCAAACGUAUUACUAUAAAAAUGGUAAAUUAUUACAUACAAAUCAAUUAUUUUCAGCAUGUCCUGCACAUUUUUUGGAAACAUUUUGUUUUUUAAAUAAUCUGUACACAAAGAAAUAAAAAGAAGACGCUGCAAGUUAAAAUAUUUACAAUUAAAAAAUAAAUGCUGAAGGUCACAUAUUGUCUCUGUACAAUAUUUACACAAUGCACUGUCGCUUAAUCUGAGGCGGUGAAGAUGGGAUGGGAAUUUACAAUGACCUAUUCUUAAUCUACAAAAUGAUGUUAUGAAGUUCCUAUUCGGGGUAGUCAAUUUCUCAAACCAGGCUUUAGUAGUGGGCACAGGGACAAUUUCGGCAUGCCAUUUACCCUUUGUAAGUCGUGAAUUGUCUAGCGAUAUAGACCAUCGUUUGAUCAUAUUUUCUUUUAGACGGAUUAUCAAAUCACUAUAUGGCACUUUGUAAUCAUUUAUUAGUGUUAUAUUCUGUGCAGAUCGUGCAAGUUUAUCUACGAGCUCGUUCCCAAAUAUGCCGGAAUGUCCCGGUACCCAACAAAAUUCAAUUAAUAAAUUACAUUGAUUUAAUAGUUCAACCAGGUUUCUAAGUUCGUAAAUUAAGUAGUUACAAUUCACAUCAAUACAUUUAUCCUUUAAUGCAAGCAGUCCACUCAUAGAAUCACUAAGUAUUAUAAAUUUGAAAGAUGACGAUGAACUGAAAUUCAAUAAUAUAUAUUUAACAGCAUAAAUCAUGCCUAAGAUUUCAGCAGAAAAAAUUGAGAAAUUGUGAUCACAUGAAUAAACUUUACCAAUUUUAUUACAAGAAUCAUAAAAUGCAAAACUAGUACGAUUAUUUGUUUUAGAACCAUCAGUAUAAAUUUUUAUAUAAUCAUUUUUCUCGCUCAGAAACUCAUAAAAGUCUUGUUUUGAAUCGAAUCUAGUUAACGUAACUUCAACAUCACGUAUCAUUACUUCAAAGUUGUAAGAGAAACAAGGAGGCUUAAACGACCAAUGAAUGACAUCUUGAAAUUCAAAGUUUAAAUAGGUAAUUGAUUCCGUAAUGGAAGGCAUCGCAGGUAUAGGAAUAUUAUUAUAAUUAGGGAUUGCAAAAUUUUCAAGGUAACGACUAACUAAAACAUUGUCACGACUAAUUAAAUUCAAACAAAAUUUUUCUGAUAAAUAACUUCUUCUUAUAUGUAAAGGAGGUACUCCAGAUUCGACUUCUAAGGAAUUUAUAGGAGAAGAUAUCAUAGCCCCUGUAAUUAUUCUUAGCCCUUUAUUUUGAAUAAUAUCUAGCUUUUUCAGAAACUGUUUGGAUGCGUGAGCAUAAAAAAUACUACCAUAAUCUAAUUGACUACGAACUGUAGAAAUAAAAAAGCUUUUCAAUAUUUUUGGAUCAGAGCCCCAGUUAACCCCAAUCAGAGAUUUCAAAAUAUUUAAACGCAAUUCUGCUUUUUUACAUGAAUAUGUAAUGUGGGGACCCCAAGAUAAUUCCGAAUCAAGUAUGAUACCUAAAUACUUCUCAGACGUUUUAUAAGGUAUAAGAGCAUUAUUAUAAUAUAUACGAGGACUGACAGGGCAACUAUAGGCAAAGAGCAUAACUGAACUUUUAUUUACGUUUACUUCUAGUUCUAAUUGAUUAUUUAACAAGUCACUAAGAUAGGUAAGACAAUUGUUCAUAAUUUGUUCACCCUUAAACAGAUCUUCACAGUCUAAGUAUAUAACAACGUCAUCAGCAUAGAAAGUAUAUUUAACUAAAUUCGGUAUAAGUUUCAUAAAAUUUACAAGACUUAAAAUAAAAAGUAGUGGUGAAAUAACUGAUCCUUGGGGGGUACCUUUAAAAGACUUACACGGACCGUAUAAAUUAUCCCUAAUUUUUAAUGUUACGGAGCGACCAUUUAAAAACUGAAAAAUCCAAAAUAAAACUGGACCUGGAAUACCUAAUGAACUUAAAGUUUGAAUCAAAUACUCGUGUUUAAUAUUAUCAAAUGCGCCUUUUAUGUCUAGAAACACGGCGAUAGUUAUUUUAUUUUUUUUAAGAUUACUUUGUAUGUCGCCUAAUAAACAACCUAAAUUGUACAUCGUGCUCUUUCCUUUGCGAAAACCAAACUGGUAAUCAGGUAUAAGAGAGUUAUGUUCGAUAAACCACUCUAAUCUAUUUUUUAACAUUGUCUCAAAUAACUUUGCUAAGCACGAAGUCAAAGAGAUGGGUCUAUACGCAUCUGAGCUAUUGCCAUCCUUAUUAGGUUUUAAAAUAGGUAUUACAAUCUGAGUCUUCCAGAUAGGAGGUAUAAUAUUAUUUUUCCAUAGUUGAUUGUAUAUAUUUAAAAGAAGACUUUUUGCGUUUACAGAAAGAUUUUUAAUGACAGAAUAUGGGAUAUAAUCAGGGCCUGGUGAAGUAUUCUUUUUAUUACUUAAGGCAGCUUCAAAUUCAAACAUAUGAAAGGGAUUUUGGAUCCAUUUCGCUGACUCACUUCCCUUGGAUGUGAAAUACGAAUCUAAAUUAUGAGAAUUUAUAUUAGAAGAAUUCGAAGGAGUUAUAUUAUUUAAAUAAGCCCAUGCGUUGGACUGAUUUUCAAAAUAAUGUGACCUAGAAAUAGUUCCUAAUUUAGCAAAUUUAAAUCUUCUAAUUUGAUCCCAAAUUAUUUUAACAGGUGUAGUUCGGUUAAAGGAAUUACAAAAAUUGGCCCAACUUGAAAGCUUUUGUUCAGCCAAUAUUCUUUUCUUUUUAGCAUCGUAUUGCUUAUAUAAAAUAUAAUUUUCUAAAGUAGGAUAUUUUUUAAAUGAGUUUAGAGCGAGUUUAGCUCUUUUAACUGCUAGAGAACAAAUAUCAUUCCACCAAACAGUAGGCUUGCGUUUUUUGUUAUGGCAACUGAAUUUUUGUUUUUUAGGAAAUGUCAUUAAAAUAUUGCAUAAAUUUUCAAUAAAUGAAGUAUAGUUUGUUAAAGGAUCUGAUUCUAAAGUAAAACAGGAAAAAGCAUUAUCACAUAGCUGGGAGAAUUUUAACCAAUCUAUUUUUAGAAAGUUGACAUCGGCCAAGUAAGAAGAAUUAUCUGAAAUAUUCUGAGAAUUUACGUUCUUUGCAGAUGAUGAAAAACUGAUAUGAUCGCGAAACAAAAAGCUAAUUAAAACGGGAAAAUGAUUACUACUUAUCAAAUCGUCGUAAACAGAGAAUGUACAACUUGAACUUACCGCAGGUGAUGCAAAAACCAAGUCCAAAACGUUGCCGUUCUGGUUAUACGAUGCAAAAGUUGUGACUGUGUGAUCAUUUAGGCAAAUAAGAUUAUGGUCGUCAGCGAAAGAAUUAAUUAUAUUGCCCCUUCUGUCGUUAUACCUAGAGCCCCAGGACGAAUGAUGAGCAUUGAAGUCACCAAUCAAUAAAUAGUUUCUGUUUUUAAUAUAUCUAUAUGAAUUUGAAAGCAUUUCUAAAUCAAAUUUACCCUUAGGUGGAGGAGGGCAAGUGUUGCUGAUAGCCAUGUGAGCACCAUUGCAAUUGAUGCAUUUUAGCAUGUCUUUAUUGGUGCAUUCUUUAAAGAAGUGAUUCCCAGAACAUAUAGAGCAUACUUGAGAGCUUCUGCAGGAUCCACGGCUGUGUCCAAAUUUGUAACAGACAAAACACUGGCGCACAGGUUUGAUAUAUUCCUUUACAUCAAACCACAUAAAAUCAUAAGUCACAUGAUCAGGACGAGUUGAGCUCAGAAAGGUAACAAGCACUGUUGGUGUAGGGGAGAAUGAUCCAUCCUGAUUCUUCCUCAUGAAGCGUUUCACACCUAUUACUUCAUAAUUAGA